AUGUCUUUGGCAUCAGUAUUAGACAGAAACAGCUGUGAUGAAGUCAUUCUCGCCGCCCUGGCUGCCGUGGCCACCGCCGUUCCCCAAGGCUACGGCGCUCCUCCCCCGCCUCGCUAUGCCUCCAGCGAAGAGAUAGCUAUCCUGAGGGACGACCGCAUAAUGGAGGACGACGGCAGGUACAACUUCGACGUGGAGACCGCUAACGGCAUCACGGUGUCGGAGUCUGGUGCUCCCGGCCUCAAGGGAGCCGUCAACAGCGCUGGCUACUUCUCAUACACAGCUCCCGACGGCACUCCUGUUUACGUCAAAUUCGUCGCCAACGAGAACGGCUUCCAACCCGAGUCCGACCUCCUGCCCGUGGCUCCCGAGUUCCCCCACCCGAUCCCUCAGUUCGUCCUCGACCAGAUCGCCUUCGCCGCCGAGGAGGACGCCCGCAACGCCAGAAGGCCCUCAGCCACGUACGGCGCCCCACAAUAGAGAUCGAAGCGUCUUCACUGGUGACGAGGACGAUAUUGUAGUCUAUUUAUGAUGUGGCGACAGGGAUUGCUUCUCUUCAGGUUGUGUUUUCUAAUAAA